AUGUUGCUGAAUACGCUUGACGCCAUGACAGAAAACCACGUCUAUCAGCAGUCUGGAGGAGAUUCGACGGCGUCACAUGAUAACUUGUCCAAGGCAAAAGAUCAUGCCGCCAAACAACUAGAUCCUGAGCGACUUCGGUGGCCUCAGAUUGCAGGAGAAGGCUCCAGUUUAAAUCGUCCAGGCGCGGAGCAACCCAACGCCUCGUCGCGUGCUGGCUCCCUCAAUACCAUUGGAGAGCUUUCAAGCGUGGUGAAUCUGGCCCAGGGUGGAGGAGCUUCCGGACUCGUAGGCCACAUGUCGGAGGUGGCGUGGAUUGACCAGGCCUUUGCAGUUGUUCGCGGGAGGCCGGACGCAACGCGACCGAGACUACUGACAUCGGGGGUCCUGGACCCUCACGUCUUCUCAGCGACGAAUUUCAUCUAUUUCGUGGAUGACAACGAAGUACUGGCCGUCAACGAGGACCGGAUCGACCCAUACCAAAGACCUUCCUUUUCCAGGUCCCUGAUAUUGACCGAGGCAUAUUUCCAUGCCCUCCAAGGUGCUUUCCCCUUUGUCGUUCGCGACGAGUUUCUUGCCAACUUGUUUGAUAUGUCUACGCCGCAGCAUUCCUGGAGAGGGCGGAGGCAGUUGGCAAAAGCGAAUAUGAUUUGGGCCAUUGGAUCAAAAUGGCUGGAGAUGACUGGCAUGAACGGCGAAGCACUAUCCCCCACGGACACUCACCCGCACUAUUAUGCCAGGGCGCGGGCUCUGGGCCUUGAUCACAGGGUCGUCUUUGAUCAUCCCAACAUCGAUCAGGUGCAGGCCAUGGGACUGCUCGCGCUCUAUCUGCUUUUCAAUGGCUCUGUUACAAGAGCCUGGAACACCCUGGGAUGUGCAAUUCGACACGCCACCGCGCUGGGGUUGCAUCUACAGGUGACCGAUCCCAGUGUCAGCAACGAAGACCUGAGGCGUCGUGCACGCACCUGGUAUUCGCUUUACAGCCUCGAAGUUUUGAUUUCUGAGAUCACCGGCCGGCCCAAGUCCAUCUCGGUGUCCGAUGUUACUGCGCCGAUCGACCUACUCGCCGGACCUGCGAGCGGUAGUACUAGAAGUACUAGUUUAGAUGACUCAACUCGCUCAGUACCACCAGUACCGAUAUCCACAACACAAGUCGGCGAACCCAUCUUGCUCGAAAUCUCGAGAAAGGCAUGGCUGGAACAUCUGAAGCUCAUGCAAAACAACAACACAGCAACGUCAUCAUCAUCUUCUUCAUCAUUGUCCCCUGGGCUCACGAUUGGUGACGACGACGACCACGCCAUUCCCACCACCUACCUACCCCAGCGACUACACCUGUGCCUCUUGAGCGACAAGAUCGCGCGUCAGCUGUACAGCGGCACCAACGACCCGUCCUGGUUGGGCCUCCAACGCAGGAUCCACGACCUCGAGGCCGAACUGCGGCGUUGGGUCGAGACUCUUCCCGAGAACUUGAGCCCGGCGUCGUCCCCGGCGGGCCGCGGCGACGAAUUUUUGAACCCGCGCAUCCGGAUCGAGCUGGCCAUGUACUAUCACAGCCUGCAGAUGAUCCUGUACCGGCCGUGCCUGUGUGCCAACAGCGCCGAGGCCGAGGCGGUCGAGUCUCGCGAGUUCAACCACCGCGCGGCCCGCGCCUGCGUCCUGGGCGCCUUGUCGAUGCUGGCCCUGUUGCCCGACGUCCCGACCAUCAAGGAGAUCUACCGGCUGCUGCCCUGGUGGUCGCUGCUGCACUUCGUGGCGCAGGCGAGCGCCGUGUUGCACCUCGAGCUGGCCAUCGACGCCCAGCACUUCGAGGGCGAGGUGGACAAGCUGGUCGAGUCCGUCGCCAAGGCCAUGCGAUACCUGCACUGCAUGGCCGGGGCGUCCCUGUCGGCGUACCGCGCCUGGAAGAUUUUUCGCGUCCUGUUGAAUGAGGUGUCUCGUCGCUACCACAAUAUGGAUUUGAACGACUUUGCCCAGGACGCCCCGCGACCUCACGGUUGGACCGAGGAAGUCGAAAAAGUGAUGUGUGUUUGGCCAACGGAUUGA